AUGGAAAACAACGCGUGGACGGUCUUGACGACGGCGAUAUGGACCGACCCGCAGUGCAACCCAACGUCCGUAUGUCACGGUUCCAUUCGAAUGGAAUGGGUCGUGACAUGGUGGAGUUUGCCGUCGUUGAACGAAAAUACUGUUUUCGCGAGAUUGGCAACCGAUCGGGAAAAUGACUUGGAGGGGUUGCCUGUGGGAAAGCGAGCGCCGCACGAGUCCAACGACGGAAGCAUCGCCAGGUAUAUGCCCAACACCAGCACCACGCUCAUGUUCAUUUGGAGCGGGUUUGCAUAAGCACGCAACACACACGAUGCCCGUUGGUCGGGAUCACCCCCAUAACGACUCGGACGUGAAAACCAUUUGCACAGAGCUUCGGACACAGAAAUAUUUUAGGCAUUAAUACAAUUGAUGCAUACGAA